AUGACAAUCGAGACAAAAGAGUCUCAACCGGUGGCUGCCGCCACAGAUGACCAUCUUGCGGCCGCGGGGAAUUGCAGCGCGAAGAAAGCGGCACCGACUCCGGAAGAUAUUGUAGAGGCAGAAAAAUGCAAGGCCGAGGGUAAUGCUGCUUUUCAAGCUGCCAGGUGGCAAGACGCGGUCUCGCAGUACUCCAAAGCGAUUGACCACGACUCCACCCAGGCCGCCUACUACACCAAUCGCGCCGCAGCAUAUAUGUCACUGAAAAAAUUUAUACCUGCGCUAGCAGACUGUCAGCAGGCUUCGGCACUACAGUCUGAUUCUUCAGCCAAAACGCUCGUUCGUAUGGCCCGGUGUCACUUUAGUCUGGGACAAGUGACACAGGCGCACAACAUUCUUUCCAAAAUCAUCAGCUCGGGCGCUUCGCCAUCAGCAGCCUCUACCUCUUCGGCGACGACCUUCUCGACGGACGAAGUUGCGGCUGCAAAGAGCUUAGAAGCGCAAGUCAAGCGCCUCUCUACGCACCUUGACCAAUAUGCGUCUUAUCGUAAUUCGAAGAACUGGACGCUCGCUAGCAUUGCACUGGACAAGGCAAUGCAAGAGAUUGGCGGCGAGGAGAACGCGCCGUUGGCCUGGAAGAUGAACAAAGCGGACUUGCUUUUGCGCAAGGGUCAUCUCGACGCCGCAAGCUCUGCUGCGACAGACUUACUGCGCUCUGACUCGCACAACUCAGAUGCACUGGUGCUUCGUGCUCGCGUGCUCAUGGCGAAAGGCGAACUGGCGAAAGCGAUUGCACACGCGCAGGCUGCAUUGAGAAGCGACCCAGAUUGCAAAGCGGCCCGCUCUAUUUUGAAAAAGUCGAGGAAGCUGGACAACAUCAAAGCUGAAGGGAAUGCAGCAUUUAAGGCGGGGAACAUCGAGGACGCGAUUGAGAAGUACACCGCGGCGCUGACGGCCGCAGAGGAGGAUGUAGACGAAGACGGCGAGCUGAAAGGCCUCAAGGCGACGCUAUUGUCAAACCGCGCAACGGCCAACUCGAAGUUGGGCAAGCACGAAGAGACUGUUGAGGACUGCGAUACUGCACUGCAGCUCGACAGUGGCUACGUCAAAGCCCUGAGAACAAGGGCGCGGGCGCAGCUCAAGCUGGAAAAGUACGAAGAGGCAGUGAGGGACUUCAAGCAAGCCUUGGAGGAGAGCUCGAUUGGAGUUGAUAGGAGCGCGGAGACGGAAGCCCUCAGACGGGAGCUCAGGAACGCCGAAUUAGACCUCAAGCGAUCCAAGAAAAAGGAUUAUUACAAGAUUCUAGGCGUAGAGAAGUCUGCUACCGAUGCAGAGAUCAAGAAAGCCUACCGAAAAGAGUCACUCAAGCACCAUCCUGACAAGGGUGGGGACAGCGAGAAAUUCAAACUGUGCAGCGAGGCGUAUUCGAUCCUCUCGGACGAUACCAAGCGUCGCCGAUACGACGCGGGAGCAGACGACCCAGAGAACGAGGCAAUGGACCCAUUCGGCGGCAUGGGAGGCAUGGGAGGCUUCGGCGGUCACGGAGGCUUUAGCGGCAUGGGUGGCAUGGGCGGCAUUAACCUCGCCGAUAUUCUGGGUAGCACGGGUGGUCAUCCCAGCGGAUCCAGCUUUGCAGGCGCUGGUGGCCCCUUUGGUGGCGGAGCUGGUGGCAGUGCAUCUGGCUUUGGGGCCGGCGCGAGGCGGCGUCCUGGUGGAGCGGGCGGUUUCCAUGGAUUCUAA